AUGUCGCUGCUACCAUUCUUGUUCGACUAUGAAAUGAGCCGCCCCCGUCUCAUGGAACAACACUUCGGGAUGGGGCUAACACCUGAAGAUCUCCUGCACGUUACUGCUGGGCCCCUGAUGAACAGGGAGUACUACAGGCCCUGGCGACACCUCGCAGCAGCUGCACGGGAUGUGGGAUCCAGCAUCAAGUCGGACAGAGACAAGUUCCAAGUUAACUUGGAUGUGCAGCACUUCGCGCCGGAGGAGAUCAACGUGAAGACUGCUGAUGGGUACAUAGUGAUUGAAGGAAAGCACGAGGAGAAGAAGGACCAGCAUGGGUAUAUUUCCCGCCAGUUUACCCGGCGAUACGCUUUGCCCGAGGGUUGUGUUCCUGAGACCGUGGAGUCGAGGCUGUCUUCUGACGGCGUGCUGACGGUGACUGCUCCCAGGAAGGUGCCGGCUGCUGUCCAGGGCGAGCGCAGCGUCCCCAUCACCCAGACUGGACCAGUUCGCAAGGAAGUGAAGGACCAGGCUAACGGCGACAAGUAG